AUGACCGACGCCCGAGGCUUGCCGCUACCAAAGCGUCGCUUGGCCGCCCGACAACUGCAGACUGCACCCGCGACGAACCUGCCAUCACCUAGCGUGCAGGCCGCACUCUCCCUGGCCGGAUCGUUGCCGAGCAGCCCUGCCAGAGCCAGUGCCAGCCUGCCCAAGCCGCGCCGUCAAAGCCAUGCUGCAGAUCCACCUGCUCAAUUAUCAGCACCAGCUGCUCCAGCUGCUGCCACCGUCGAACCCAUGCCCUCAGCACCCAUGCCCUCAGCACCCUUACUCCAUGACAGAGAUCCGAGACCAGCUGAUCCCCCUUCUGGAAACCUGACGGGGCUCAAGGAACCCGCGCCUGCCACCGUGCUUGAAGAACAGGUGGCACCCGUUGUCGCCUCACCCCAGACAACGCCGGGGUCAGAAACCAAUGUGUCUCCAGACACGUCAGUGGCAGCACCCAGCGUUGCUGAUCCGCAGGCAACUGCGCACACAGACCGUGCCCCUUCUCGACCACCUGUGCCAAGUCGGUCGCCAUCCCAGCAGCUGCGCACGAGCCCGACUCCAGCCCAAGACCCAGCCCCAGCCGAAACCCCUGCUACGGCUCCAGCUUCAAGUCCCGUUCGACCCAAGCCGCCAAAUCGGCCCAUGCCACCAAACCGCCCACCCUCUGCCAGCAAACCAGCGCCACCCCAGCGGCCACCUGCGCCUGCAUUGAAUGACCCACCCGCACCUGUUGCUGCGCCGCGCCGCCCACCCCGCCCCACCGGCCCCAGUCCGGGACCCAAGGUCACGCCCACACCCGCCUCUCGACCAAGUCGACCACCACAACCAACCGCCUCUGCUCCCGCCUCAAUCUCUAAACCUGCCCCACCCAGCGCCGACGUACCAGACACGCGGCAACCAGAGGUGGCGCCCGAAACCCUUCCCUCACCCCGCCGCCCGGUACAAGUACCCAGCAGGCCACAACCGUCACCGAAGCGUCGCACACCUCCACCCCGGCCAACUGGUCCGUCUCGCACCCCUUCAAGCACUUCAGUCACUUCCCCCGUCGUGCUCGUUGAACAUCAGGCUCCAGAUCAGCCAGAUUUGGUGGAAUUGGAUGACGAUGCCUUUGAAGACUUUGUCGGCGACUUUGGCGCCGAAAGCGAUAGUGACACCAACGAAUAUCACCCUGACCAAGACAUCGUUAGCGCUCAAAAGGAUGACAGCGGCAAUCAACCGCAGACUCCAGGUGAUGGUGGUGCCCCAUCGACCAAAGUCAACGAGUUGAGCUCGGGCCUAUCGCCGACCCCGAGUGAGCCCACCGAUUGCACGUCUUUACGCGCAGAUGAGUACUUGGAAAUUGAUGGCGCUGAUGCGCACUCUCCAGCAAGUGAAUCCACAGCCACCGGUGUUCUCGCCGAGCCAACACUCAUGCCUGGCACAGCGCCGACAUUGCAAGUUGCCAGUCCGCCGUCCCCGCCUCCCUUGCCGGUCCCCUUGACCCUUGCCAGUGCCACACCCGAGGAUCGCGUGCCAUCAGCCGUCGCUUCCCAAGCCGCUGCAGCGACAGCCCUAUCACCACCAGCCACCUCCGUUUGCAGUUCUGAUCAAAAUGCCAUCCCAGUCUCUCCGCCCCUUCCCCCUGCUCCUGCCAUUGCUUCAGCGAGUGAGAUGGUCGAGUCAGAUGGCCCCCAUCUGCCUCAAGCACGCGCCCAAUUGCUGCAAGAAAUUGCCCAGGGGUCUGGGCGACUACGCCGCGUCGUGCCAAGUGAGAGCGCAGAGCAAGCUCGCCCCAAGACAUUUGAUGAUGAUCUUCGCGCGGCCAUGGCUAGCGUGCGCAAAAAGGCGUCACUGGAACGUUUACCUCUGCCCGCUGAUGCUUUGAGUGCCAGCAUCAUAGCCCCUUUCAAGGACACAUUAAACAUGAUCAUGCCAAUUGCUUGGCAAAAGCUGAGCGAAGGCAUGCACGCGCUGGACAACGUCUUUGUCAACAAAUUUGACCGUGAUGCCAUGGUUGAAAUUGCCUUCAAUCGAACCCAGGCCUUCCUGCUCCUCUGUCAAUUGCUCGAGCAACGACUGAAUGACCCGACUUGGCUUGGCUCUGAUGCCUAUACGGAGGCCCAGGAGCACCUAGCGCGCUUGCGUGAACAGCACGGGCAAGUCAUUGCCGUCCGCCAACGUGAAGGCGCCUGGGAUCAGCAAGAGUCCCCAUCCCUGCGCCAAGCCGAGCCUCAGCCGGACCGACGUGACCCAAACUUGCAGGCAGCUGUGAAUGCCUUGCAAAACUUCCAAGGCAAUACCGAUGACCUGCGUGCAGUCCUGGCGCCUUUGGCAACAAGGCAAGCGUCGGGCCAGCUACGCAAGCUGAUGCGCGCUGCGCUUGAAUCCGGCAAGCCACUGGCGCUUGAGACUUUGCUGACCAGCCAAGCCUGGCCCAGCGUGGAUGUACACCCCUUACGAGACAUGCACGUUUUGGCCGAAGUGGUGGCCAUCGGCGCUGACUUUGCUGUACCGAUCUUGGUGCAGCACGGUGUCGAUGUAAAUGCUGCCAGUCACGACACUGCUACGACAGCUAUGCAUCUUGCUGCUCGCAAUAAUUCCCGCCGGCUGCUCGCCCGUCACUUUCGGGUCGCCCAAACCAAUGGAUUGGCUCAGGCAGAUAUACAGGCAUCGGACGUGACUGUGCGGGGACAGGGCGAAGGCCCAGGCUUGCCCGCGCAUCGCAUCGUGUUGUGUGCCCGCAGUCAGUACUUUCGUGGCAUGCUGGACUCGCAGGUAUUUCUCGAGGCACGGCAGCCUGAGAUUGUGCUGCACGACAUACCGACGCCCGUGCUCAAGCUCAUUCUCAAAUACAUUUAUACGGGAGACAUGGCCUUUAACACGGAUCAAAUUCAACUGGCCGUCGAUUGCUUGAUGGCCUGCCGGGAGUUUCAACUUCCUCAAUUUUUCAACGCCAUCCAAAAGAAGCUGGUUGGGAGCGUUGACCUUCAGACCUGUAUCAGCUUGGUCGAAGCCGCCAUUCUGUGCCAUGCACCAGUGCUGUUGGCUAGCGCCAUGCGCACGUUUUUGGAACACUAUGAUCAAUUGCAAGCUGGUCAAGAUCCAGACGGUGCCUUUUUGCAGCAGUUUUUGCUUGGCAUUACCGACGAGCACCUAAAAGUCCCUGAUACACACCGAGACGAGAACGUCAACGGGUUCUUCGACAGCGGCCAUUGA